AUGACUUACAAAAAAAGUAAAGCAAUUGUUAAAAAACCUGCUGUAUUACAAACAAAAAAACGUAAACAUAGCAAAGUGCCAUGUUUCUGUAGUAUAUACAAUAGUCAAGAAAGAGAUCCAAAAGUUAAAGCAAAACAUGAAGCACAAGAACAAAAACCUAUUAGACCUGAAAAUCUUCAGUUUCUUGUUAAGCAGUUACCCAAAGGUUUUCAUAAUGUAAAAUUAGUAUCAUUUUAUUCUGGUGAAGAUUUGUCAUUCUUUUCUGAUGAAGACAAUGAAA